AAGGGUUUGUGCAAAAGACAAUCCUUGCGGUUAGGUUUUACAAAUACGCUUCUGAAUAGAUUCAAGGCAGCAAAGUCAAGUACUUGUUAAAACUAAUGAACUGAAGAAUAUGACUCUUGCAAGUCCACACCAUCUAAUAACAUAUAUAUCAUCUUCCACGAGAAGCAGGUCUUUUUCAUCAUUUGCCACAUAUCGCAGUCCUAAAAGCAUCCUCUAGAUGUAGACUAAUCCUCUGCCGCAAACAUUGUUACUACUUUUUCCCACCAUGUCAAGGUCAAGUCCCCAACCCGGGGCAGCAUCUCCCACAGAUGUCCCCACAGCCCCCAUCACUGCCGAUGACAGCGUACCCGCCCCGGCUCCGGCCGGCAUCACGGAGGAGGAGCUCGAGCGUCUCGGCCGCCAACGUCCCGCCGCAUUCUCCUCAUGGUGGCACGAGUGGUGUUUUUGCGGCUCCAUCUUGGGCUCCAUGCUGAUGGCCGAGUUCUUCAUCAGCGGCUUCAUCAUCGUGCUUCCCAACGUCUCCCAGAGCAUAAACAUGCCGCCCGGGACCCAGACCUGGCCGGCCAGCGUCUUCACUCUCGUCACCGGCGCCCUGCUCUUCGCCUUUGGCCGCAUCGCCGACAUGUACGGCGGCCGCACCGUCUUCCUGUUCGGCAUGCUCUGGUACACCCUCUGGAUCUUCAUCGCCGGCUUCUGUUCCAACCACGUGGCGCUCAUCGUCGCCCGCGCCAUGCAAGGGAUCGGCCCCGCCGCCUUCCUCCCCUCGGGCGUCAUGCUGCUCGGCUCCAUGUACCGUCCGGGUCCGCGCAAGAACAUGGUCUUUAGCAUCUACGGCUCCUUUGCUCCUAUCGGCUUCUUCGUCGGCACGCUGGCCGGUGGCGCCCUGGCCGAGUUUCUGGACUGGCGGUGGUAUUUCUGGAUCGGCACCAUCAUUCUCUUUCUCAUCUCGGUUGCCUCGUUCUUUGCCAUUCCGAAGGAAUUCAAGGAUCGGCCGGUGUCCAAGGAGGGCAAGGCGGAGAUGAAGAUGGACUGGUUGGGCGUGGCUACCAUCCUGCCCGGUCUGCUCCUUUUUGUCUUUGCCAUUACGCAAGGUGCUCAUGCUCCUCAAGGGUUUGCAACACCCUAUGUGUAUGUAACACUCAUCCUGGGUGUUUUGAUCCUGGGUUGUGCGGUGUAUGUGGAGGGAUGGGUAGCAGAGCAGCCUCUCGUACCCUUUGAUCUCUUUGCACCCAAAUAUAUGACUCCCAUGGUUCUCGGCCUGUUCAACAUCUACGGCUCUUUCGGAAUCUUCCAAUUCUACGCCAGCUUCUACAUCCAAGAAGUAAUCGGCCACCCACCCCUCCUCACAGCAGCAUGGUUCACCCCCAUGGCGGUCGGCGGUACGAUCCUCGCAGUGAUGGGCGGCAUAGUCCUGCACCGCAUCCCAUCCCACCUCCUGCUCGUCAUUUCCGCCGCCGGCAGCCUGGCAUCAGUACUGCUCUUUGCCCUGAUCCCCUCGGACCCUGCUGCCCUCAACUAUUGGGCGUGGGUCUUCACGGCCAUGAUCGGCGGCACGCUGGGAAUCGACAUAUCGUUCAACAUUUCGAGUGUCUUCAUGACGACCGCCCUGCCCAGCCACCGCCAGGGCCUGGCGGGCGCCCUCAUCAAUACCCUCGUCUUCCUCGGCAUAGGCUUCUACCUCGGCCUGGCCGACCUCAUCGUCGAGUCGACCAAGGUGGGCGACGCGGACAAGGACAAGGCCGAGGGCUUCAAGGUUGCGUUCUGGCUUGGCGUCGGCUGCUCGGCCACCGCCUUGGUCAUUGCCACCUUGUUCACCCGCAUCGGGCGCAUGAAGAGCGACCUGACCUUUGACGAGAAGAUGGAGCUGGAGGCCGAGGCGGCGAGGCUGCAGACUUGCGGCGCUGGAGGGCAGAGUGAGACGAGCAGUGGGCCAAAGAAGAACGACGGGUCGGGUUCAUAGCGACCGGGUAUGUUCUUGCAGUCGCGCUAACAUGUGUUAAAAAUAUUGCAUAUAUAAAUAUUCACUUAGCAAGGCGUUUUCUGGAUAAUUUUUAUAAAUUCUUUUGGAU